CGGUCUAAUGUUCAAGGAAUGGCUUGGGCAAAUAAUGGUGCGAGAUUUGGAGGCCUGGUGGUGCAAUUAAAAGAUGGCAGAACUCUCCAUAAUUGCGCCGAGUGACUCCAGUUUGAGAGUGCAUUUCUUCAAGUGUAACUGAGCUCACCCUAGCAAUUGAAGUCAUUGCCGAGUCUUUGAUAGACAAUGGACUUCAAACUUAUGAGGGCAUCAUCGUCGAACCUGAGAAGAUCGACCUCGUUAAGGGGCCUAGAGGCCACCCAAAAGCUGUCUUGACCUCUUGUUCGUUUCAAUUAACUUGGAUCAGAAGGCAGGUGUUUGCUCAAGGAACCAUUUAUUCGCCUUCGAAGCCUCAACCAUUGGCCCGUUAACCAUCAAUGAGCGACUGAACGAGUUGAAAGUGUUUAAGCGACGCGAUUGGAAUACUGAUUUGAAGUUUCCAUUCCAACCAACGAGCGCGUGUGUGAGUGUGUUUUUCAUUGUAAGAUGCCUCGUGACUCGUUCGGACGAGAAAAAAGGUUCAUCCGAGUCGAUGAUAUGUGAUCUAAUGCUAUGCUCCUACUAGUACUACAACUACCAACACUGCCAGCACUGCUACUACUGCUACUACCACAACAAGAACAUCCGACUUCCAUUGGAGAUUAUUAUGCAUCUUCGGAUGGUCGUGACUACUGACCUAGAAAGUGAAGUGGGUGAUCGUUAUUAUAUUUCUCAUUGUGUCUGACUGGGUGGUUGAGAAAUCCGAAACAAGAAAUUAGUGACGAGGGUGGAUAGUGGAUAGGUCUCUGUGGCGAGUUGAGAAUGAACAAAAGAAGACAAUUAGAAAAGAGAGGUUCAUCCUUUCUCUCCAAAUUGAGGCCUUUGCCAAUUCAGAGAAGGUCUCAUCUAUCCACCAGCUUUGGGGUAGAAUCUUUCAAGCAUGAUCAAGAUCAGAGGGAAGAUGUCAGCAAUGAGCAACCCACCCAAUCGGAAUCCCCAAGAGAAAACUCUCACCCUUCAAGAUCAACCUUAGUACGCAAGGAAUCAACCCGCCUACAAUCUUUCCUCAAGAGCUUCAAACUGAAUCCCAGCGAGCAGAGGCAUCCUUCAGGGAAGAAUGAUUCAGGAAGGGAACUUUCGAGUCUGAGGACUUCCAAAAAGCCCCGAAAUCCUGCCCAAAGAAGUCACAGCUUCAAUGGCCCCGCCGGAGAAUUCCGAGGCGACGAUGCAGGGCACAACAAGGAUAUUCAAUUGGCUCCCAUGCCAAGCGAUCACAAACCGAGGGCCCCGAUUCACACCAUCGCCAAUAAUUCAUCCACUUACUAUCAUAUAGAAUUGAAAAAGCCUACGGUUCGACAUGGGCAAGAUGAUAAUGAUGAUAUUGGCGAGGAGAAGAUUGAAAAUACGGAAGAAUACGAAAGACGAAGACAAGGAGGAGGAGGAGGAAGAGGAGAGCGAGGGGAGGUGAAGGCCUCAAGAACAGGGAUCGAGUUUCACCCGGGGAAGUCUGUUGUUGAUGGUGAUUUCUCGAUUUCGUCGCCAUUGCUACAUGAAUCGCUCAAUCACUCGGCUGUGGAUUACAAAUCAACCAAGAAUUCUUCGUCAGUUUCGGCUUCCCAAUCUCAAUCCUCCUCAGUUUCAAGCGCGGCAGUUGCAAGCCGAGCGAGCAAGACUUUUUCGCCACCGCCCUACACUGGCUCUUUAGGUGAUGAUUUCGCUCCAGAUCUAAGCCAUCCAUCAAAUCUGGAAAGAACCAAAAGUCGGGAGAGUUUUCCAACACAUUACAAGAAAGAUUCGCAGAUCCAGUCGAUUUCAAACUUGAGGGUGACCAGAGACAACGGUUAUCCUUCGCCUCCUUUGUACGCUGGAGGUUUGUACCUCAACCCAAAUCAUCCUGGUCCUUUGAGCCAAAGUGUGGCCAAUGUUCCAUCCUUGUUCCAUGGCAAUCAAGAUAUUCACAACGUGUCCUUCCAAGGGCCAGUUCCACCGGGGAAUCGGCGACUAACCAAAACGAGCUCUUUUUGUCACGGCAUGAAUUCGAACCCUGGAGAGAACGGGCUCCUUGACCAAGCCCGCCAAAACUAUCGAUAUCAAACUUUGAGGAAAGUGGAUGAAACCAGCUCCAGUCCAACUCGGAGAUGUCCCAAUGUACCCGCGAUUGGAUACCGACGACCCUUGGUCCGACGGAGUGCUUCCACUGUGUCGGAUGCAUAUUUCUCGUCUCCAUUUCAGCGUGGGAAUGAACUUCCAAUCACAAAUGGCUCCAACAUGCACAUUUAUUCGCAACCAAACUUAAAUGGCCAAACAGAAAGCCUCAACCCACAAUUGAAACAAGAGGAAUCCCAUCCAUCCAUAUACUCUCCAAACCAACAGAUGGCAGCAUGGAGCUCUUCAACCAUGGGUAGAUCGACACAAAGCCCUUACGCAGUGUCCCGGACAGCUUCUCUUUGCCAUGCGGAGAGCUACCACUCCCUUCAGACCUACCAGCAAAGUAUCCUGCGUCGACAGGAUUUCCUUCAACGGCAAGUCCAAUUAAGAACCUAUGAAUCCGUGAGCCAAAGCCCCAUUGGAUGUUACGGAACACUUCCAUCACGUCGCUCAGCUUUCAAGCCUCCUCCUCAACGCCAAAGAUAUAAUGAGUUGGAGGAGUACGCCCGACAGUAUGAGGACCUUAACACCAGGAGGAUGUGGCACACUCGAAGUGGUCCAUGUCAAUCCCAACCGGAGAACCACCCACGGUGUCCUGGAUAUUCCGAGUACCAGAAUGUGUCCGAGAUGCAGGCCCAGCGUGCCUUGGAUCCUUUUCCCAAAAACUCAAUGGAGCCAACUCCCGAGUUCCACAGGUCGUCGACUUUACCCCGCCCUCCAAAAGCUGGGGAAGGGUUCAAGCGAUCAGCCUUCGAGAACUCCAGGCGAUUUUUCAAUUACAUGGAGGCCCAUAAGACUCAAGAUCCGAAGGUGGGAUACUCUACCAUGUCCUUGCCGAGGAAGAUGCCCGUAAAAAAGUUGGUCAGCCAAUUCAAUAGUCAAAUUGAAAACCAAUCGUCAACCACUAAACCAGUUUGUGGAACCCUGACCAAACGGAAACAGUUGCCAGAUCUGAAUAUGUGUGACCGCCGAAGAUCCAUGCAGCUUGCACCUACGGAUCAAUUUAAUCAAGGUUUCGAGAGAAAAUUGAGUAUGGAUGAGGAUAUUGGGCGACAUGCUCGUCAUUAUCAUAAGCAUCUGCCCAGAAAUUUAGAAGAAGAACGACAAAGUGUUGAGAAGAUUCUUGAAGGGUGGCGUUCCCAAGUCAAUCAGAGGCAUGGAGAGCCGCUUUAUUCCAAUCUGACCGAAUUGGAUCCCAGGAGCUCGUUCAUCGGCACUGCCGAAUUGAUCCCGGAAUUUUGCACGAGCAUGGAUCCAGGAUACUUAGACGAGUGGCGUAUCCAACAACAAGCGGAGCGAGAACGUCUACUCUCUAGCCAAACCAUUCCAACUCCUCCUGCCCGGCCUCCCAAAAAGCCACAUCUUCGGGGUCAACCGAAUCCACUUCCGGUUUCCCGGAAACCCCCGGCUCCUGAUCCGGUCCCUUCACCUCCCCCACCGGCUCUGCCAAAUCGAAUGUCCUCAUCGUUGGCAGACGAUGACACCCAAUCUAUCAACAGUUCCAAAAUUCAUUGGGCUGGUCGGAGUUUGGUGACUCCACCCCCGCCGACCUACCAUAAGGACUCGUACAUGGCUCAUCGUCGGGGUGAGACCUUGGGCCAAGAGGGUCGCUAUCGAAGAACGACGUCCUCGCCGCCAACGGCUGCCAAAAAUGGCUUCUACCCCUCGCCCCCGUCCAUCCAGGAGAUCCACCAGAAUCUUUUGUUCAACAACAAUAACAACAACAACCACCACCACCAUCAGAACCACCCUCAGCACUAUCCGCACCACUCGCCAUCGCCACAAAUUGGAGCGGGCGAAGUGGCAAAUCAUCAUCUCUCCUCGGCGGAUCUGACAGAUGAUCCCCAACACCACCACAACCACCACCAUGCCAAUCUCACAAUAGGCAAUACCGGUUGGGAUUCAUCAUCCCGGACGUCGGAACUCCUGUCCCAAUCGUCCUCCUCGAGUGCUGCUUCAACCGUGAUCUUCACUUCCGAUACUCUAAAGAAACACAGACGAGGUGAAAGGAAUCCCUAUCAGAGCUCAGCCAAGAAACCCCCGGAGGUGGCACCCAAACCCAAGCUCAGUUUGAGCCGUUUGCAUCAGUUCUCGACUUCCAAUUUGAACGAUGCUCCAGAAGGGGUCGCUCACGGAAUGCUACCCCUCCAGUCUGCCAAAAGCACCCCGUCCCUUCACAACAUCCUGCCCAUGGUUGGUGUCCAUGACUUGGAGGCUGACCAUUCCGUUGGCACCAAUCGAUGGAAGAACAGCCUGGAUUCCUUGGACACAGUCUCAACGGUCUCCAGCUCCUCUCCCAGGCAUUCUGAGGUGCCGACCACAUUAGCCCCGGUAGGCCAAGAGUCGAAACCCCCGUUGAGCUCCAGCCCACAUAGGGUAGGACCCAGCCGUCAUCACUCUGCCUCACAGCCUCAACCUCCGACCUCGGUUCACAUGCACAGUCAUAGCGACAGUGGACUGAGUUCGCUGAGUGGACGGACGUCGACUAUGUCACCGGUGUCCACGUUGUCGACGGUCUCAUCGGUGAGUUCGGGGUCCUCGAAUGCGGGGAGUUCCCGAGCCAGUCUCAGAUCUGCCUCGAUCGUGAGCAGUACCACGAAUGAGAGUACAAAUAGUCCGCCAGAGUCGCUCAGUACGAAGCAUGAAGAUCAGGAGUCCAAUGACGGGUCACCGCCUUCCACGGAUAGUGGAACGGGUACUUUGAGGAAAGGACCGCGGAGGAAGUUCCAGGAAGAGAUCGAUUGUGAAGAGCUCUCCCGAGAAUUGGCUGAGCAGCUCGCCAUGAGUAGUGAACUACAAAAUCUUCUAAUUCCGUCUCCAAAUGAGAAGACAUUGGCCGAUUACGUGGAGGGGAUCUUGGAGUUGGACCUGGAGGAUGGUCGUGGUCAACCCCAACGUCGGGUCAGUCGCAAGAAUCUGAGUCCUUCCGUGCUUCGUAAGCGAAUCGAAGCCCUACAAGAAACUGAUGACAGAUCGCCGAAAAGUUUGUCUACCAAUGGCAAUUUGAUCCUCACCUCCAGCACAAUGAAACUUCCAAAGAACAACUUCAACCAUCAUAACAACAAUCACAUCAAUAACAACAGCAACUUCAUCAACAACAACGGCAGCAACAGCAGUCCCAGCCACAAUCAGAAUCGCCCACACAAUCACAAUACGCACAAUAGAAUCAAUCAUCAAAACGGCCAUUCCAACGGCACGAAGUCACCCGAGAGCAACUCCUUCAAACAGCAUGGCGAAGAUUUGCAGAAGAAAAAGGAGGAGCUUUUGGAACGAAUCAGUCAGAAAUUGGAUGUUCUGAGGUCGGAACAGCUCUCACUAAAGGAGGAGAUGGCGCUCAACGAGGAAUUGGGGUUACAGGUCAGCCAUCUGGUUCACCAAUUAGCCAAACCCAACGAGUGUGUCAAAUUCAACCUUCAUGUGGAAGAGAUUGACAAGAUCACCAGCCUCCUUCUGGGAUUAUCGGGGCGAUUAGCCCGGACAGAAAACAGUCUUUCCACCUUAACCGAUGAAAAUCCGGCUGAACGGAAAUGCUUAGAAGGUAAGCGGAAGAAACUCGCGGAACAAUUGGACGAGGCUAAAAGACUCAAGGAAAAAAUUGACCGUCGAUCCGCCACGGUUUCCUCGUUCCUUCACCAGUACUUAAAUGAGGAACAAUAUGCAGACUAUGAUCACUUCGUCAAAAUGAAGGCGAAACUCAUCAUGGACUCCAGAGAAAUUGGGGACAAGAUCAAGUUGGGUGAGGAGCAAAUCAAGGCCUUGAAGGACUCCCUCUACUUGCCCUCUUCGUCAGUGACGCCCAGUCAGGGAAAAUCUAGCCUGCCUCAUGUCGCGUUUUCCACUUCUCCGUCGGUUGUGCCUCCCCCUCACCCAGAGUGAGUAGAGGCCACGCCCCCUCGGAUCUGCCUCAACUCUCGUGUGAGGAACUGAUUUUGUGACGAAAAAUCAGCUUUCAAUCUUAUUGAGAACUCUACUGGAACUACUGUGAUAGAUAAAAAAAGAAGAUGAAUACUUCAAGAGAAACAAUCUGGAGCCUUUUGGGUGAAAAAUAACCAUUUGAUCUGGCGGAGAAUGUCUGAAGUGAUACUUUUAGCAAAGUGGGUCCUGAUCUUCCUAUGCUCACUGCUCUUUCUCUGUCAUUGUUACUUCCUUCGUUCCACGUUAAAUGUGAUGUGAGGGAAUUUUAAUAUUCAUGUGAAAUAAAGCUGCCUCUGGAAACGA